AUGGAUCCUUCGUGGGGGGCUUCGCAAUUUCCGUUUUCGGGUUUCCAACAAACACCCAACGCCUUCUCGCAAAUGUCUCAACUUCAACAAAUGCAACAAUACCAAGCACUCCAACAAAUCAUGCAACGCAACACGUUUGAACAACUCCAAUCGCAACCGCAAUCCCCGGUUCAACUUGACGAUGAUGAUGAAGAAGUCGUCCCCGAAUCGCCACCGCAAGAGCUCACGCGCAAAAAAAAACAAGGGGAAGGGAAAGAAGGAAACAACCAAACGGGUAGUAGUUUUUGGAAGAAGACAACGGAUAGAUUUAACACGAUUAUGGAGCAUGGUCCGGCUCGUGAUAUCGAAUCCGUCUCGGGUAAGUGGCGUAAAAUGAUCAAGGUCAUCAACGCCUUUAACCAGAUUUAUAACCAAAUUUACCUUUCUCCUCCUAGCGGGAGUAACGACGAGGACAUUCUUAACCUUGCUAUCGCCAAGUGGGACUCUCAAAAUUCAACGCCUUUCCCGCACUUCCGAGCAUGGAACGUUGUAAGGAAAGAACAAAAAUGGAAGCCGGUUCCAAAUGAGGUCGCAACGGCCAAACGGACUAAAACUUCCGAGUCCGGAAGUUAUAGUGCGGGAGGCUCCACCGCUCGUUGUCAAAUCGACAUAAACGACGACCCGGAAGAUGAAGAGGAUGUGUUGCCCGUUCACGAGUCGGAACGUCCCACCGGGAGGGACAAAGCAAAAAAAGAAGCGGUCGGAAAGCGAAAAGGGGCCGGCUCGAGUGGAGGUGACGGCUCGAGUGGAGGUGGGGGCUCGAAGGCAUCGUCGAAAAUGGACGACUUGAUAAACGAAUUCCGUUCGUUCAAAGAGUUCGCGGCCGAAAAAUAUACUCACAAGAAAACCGUGUCGGCCGACUAUGCUUGA